GGCAUUCGGUGUAACAUGGGCGUCGCCAUUGUCAAGAUGACCCAGAACAACACAGAAACCAUGACCAUCGGGGUGAUCGACUCGUCCUUCUUCUGGGGUUACCUCAUCACCCAGGUGCCAGGCGGGUUCCUGGCAGCCAAGUACCCAGCCAACAGGGUGUUCGGGACUGCCAUCGCAGUGUCUGCCUUCCUCAACAUGCUCAUUCCCGGCGCGGCCAAGAUCGGCUUCUCAAUGGUCAUGGUCGUCCGGAUUCUACAAGGACUGGUCGAGGGCGUCACGUAUCCAGCCUGUCACGGCAUUUGGAGACAUUGGGCUCCGCCUUUAGAACGAAGUCGCUUGGCUACCUUGGCGUUCUGCGGUUCGUACGCCGGUGCAGUGGUCGGUAUGCCGUUGUCAGGCAUCUUAACCGACUACGUGGGCUGGCAGGCCUGCUUCUAUUUUUAUGGCGUGUUUGGAGCCUUAUGGUACGUCUUCUGGCUAUGGCUGUCCUUCGAGAAGCCCUCCAAACAUCCUACCAUCACCCAGGCCGAGCUACUCUACAUCGAAAACAGCCUGGGACAAGUCAACCUCACUACGCCUACGUUAAAAACGACUCCCUGGAAGAGCAUCUUCACCUCGCUACCGGUGUACGCCAUCAUCGUGGCCAACUUCUGCCGUAGCUGGACGUUCUACCUUCUCAUCAUCUCGCAGCCCAUGUACUUUGGCCAGGUCUUCCAUUUCGAAGUGGACAAGUCGGGACUGGUGGGAGCCCUGCCCCACCUGUUAAUGACCAUGGUGGUUCCGGUGGGAGGCCACCUGGCCGACUAUCUUCGCAGACGCCAAAUCCUCACCACGACGCUCGUCCGAAAGAUCUUCAACUGCGGAGGGUUCGGUAUGGAAGCCGUGUUCCUCCUUGUGGUUGGCUACACCCGAAGCACUCCGGUGGCCAUCACAGCGCUAACCCUAGCCGUGGGCUUCAGCGGAUUUGCCAUAUCAGGCUUCAAUGUGAAUCAUCUGGACAUUGCCCCGAGAUACGCCAGCAUCCUGAUGGGGCUGUCCAAUGGCGUCGGCACCCUGGCCGGCAUGCUCUGUCCAAUCGUGGUCGAGUACCUCACCGACAGAAAACUCCAUAGCGGAGACGUGGCUUCCCUCUGGGAGAAGGUGUUCCUCAUCGCCAGCCUGAUCCACUUCGGCGGCGUCAUCUUCUACGCCAUCUUCGCGUCCGGUGACAAGCAGCCGUGGGCCGAACCUCCACGCGAGGACGAAGGCCCCUCGUGGAACCCGCUGGAGAACGCCUUCAAGGACGACGCUCCCAAGAGCCAAGGUCCGCCGCAGAGACAGGCCUCGUACGGCGCCACGGCCGAGACCAACUUCCCGGUGUACGAGACCCGGGAAGAGAGGGUCCAGGAACCUUCGAGGGACUUGUACGAACAGCGGGACUUCUAGCAGCGCGGUCCAGACGGGACUCGGCGCCGCGACAGCGACGAGGCGAU